GCACUUCAGAUGGAGACAAUGCUCUUUCCUCUGAAGAGCCCUAGUGCCACAUGGCUGAGCCCCAGCUCCACUCCCUGGAUGAUGGAUUUCAUCCUCACCAGUGUGUGUGGCCUGGUGCUCCUCUACCUAUUACUCUCCUACCUCCACAGUGACCCACCCUCACCCCCGCCCGGGAGGAAGAGGAGCAGCAGGGAGCCUCAAAGGGAGAGAAGGGCGAGGUCCAGGAGCAGAAAGAAGAUCUCAGCUCUGAAAGCUUGCAGAAUCCUCCUGAGGGAGCUGGAGGAGACCCGGGACUUGAACUACCUUCUGGAAAGCCACCUGAGGAAGCUCGCUGGCGAGGGCGGCUCCCAUCUGCCCUUAGGUGCAGAACCCCCGGGUGACGUGUGCAAACCAGCGCCUGCUAAGGCCCACCAGCUGCAUGGGAAAUGCAUGCCAGAUCCAUCUCCUGCCAGCUUGUCCCCAGCACCUCCCCCAGCUCCUCUGGCCUCCACCCUGUCACCAGGCCCGAUGACCUUCUCAGAGCCUUUUGGACCACACUCAACCCUGAGUGCCUCCAAGCCUCCAGAGCCCUUACUUCCCCUAAAACACCCUGCAUCCCGGCCACAUGUGGUUUUUCCUCCUUCACCACAGCCGCAUGGUCCCCUGACCUCCUCUCCACCUCCACCCGACUCCAGCCUGGCUGGACUUCAGUGUGACUCCACAACACGCCCCGUCCCCAAGAGCUCCCCUCUACACAACCAGGGGCUGCCUUCUCCAACCAGGGUGAUCGCUGGCCUUGGGUGCUCCAGCGAUCCCAUCCAGGACCUCUAUUGCUGGAGGGAGGCUGCCACCACCUGGGGCCUCUCCACCUGUUCACAUGACAAAUCCCAGCCACAGCAUCUUCCCGACCACCCCCUAGAGGCUUCCUUCUGGGGAGACCCCACACCCAGGCACGUGGAGGUAGGUGGCUGCACAUUCAUCCACCCUGACGUGCAGAAGCUGCUGGAGACUCUCAUCACUAAGAGAGCACUGAUGAAGAUGUGGCAGGAGAAAGAAAGGGAACAGGCCGGCCACCUGCAGAUGACAUCACUGGGGAAGGAGUGGGACAUCACGACUCUAAAUCCCUUCUGGAACGUGUCAACCCAACCACAGCAGCUGCCCUGUCCUCAGCAAGUCUCUGACGCCACAGCGGUGGGGGACCACUUACAGCAGAAAUGCAGCCAGCUUUUCUGGAACCUCCCAUCUUUCAACAGCGAGUCCCUAGUAGCCACAGCCUGGGUUUCUAGCAAGACUUCCUCACAGAAUGCACACUCUGUAUCACUGGAUAAAGCCUCCACUUCUCUUCCAGGUGAACCUGAGGUUGAGGCAUCCUCACAGCUUUCCCAGGCACCGCCCCAGCCCCACCACAUGGCCCAGUCCCAGCCUUUCACUCCAGCCUGGCCCCAGUCCCAGUGCCCGCCUUUGGCUGGGAUCCAGACCCAGGCCCGCCUCUCACCCCCUGUCCCAAGCCUACCGUGCUCUUCUCCACCCCAGAUUAGGGACUGUGGGACAUCUUACCCUACAACCCAGGAGAGGACAGAGUCUGUCAUCCCCGCUGGAAAGGAGAAUCUUGAAUGGACCUUGAAGAAGCGACCAAAGUGGAAGAGGGUUUUGCCCUCUCUCCUCAAAAAGUCUCCGGCUGGCCUGAACCAGCCCACUGCCCACCUUCCCCAGGAGAGGCCAGCCUCCUGGAGCCCCAAGUCAGCCCCCAUCCUUCCCGGGGUUACCACCAGCCCUGAGCUCCCAGAGCACCAGUGGCAAGGAAGGAGUGCCAUCCACCAGGAGCAGUCCUGCGGCCCUCCCAGCAGAUUCCAGGCAUCUGGGGACCUGCUGCAGCCUGAGGGGGAAUUCCCAGGGAGGCCCCAGAGUCAGGCAGAAGAGACACAGCAGGCCCUCUCGCCCUCCCAGCCUUCUGAAUUUGCAGGGAAGGGCAGGAAGGAUGUGCAGAAGACCGGGUUCAGGAGCUCCGGAAGGUUCUCUGGGAAGGGGUGCUUACGGUCCAAACUAGGGCCAGACCCAAGCCAGGAUAGAGGCUCAGGAAGGACCUCAGUGAAGUUUCUGGAGGAAGACAAGGAGGAGGCAGAAGGUGACAUAUGGAGGCCCUGGAAAUACCAAUCAGUAAGUUCCACACCCGGGGACCCAGACAAGAAGCAUCUGGAAAACAAGCUGCAAAUCCAUCUGGCCAGGAAGGUGGGGGAGAUCAAAGAGGGCUGGAUCCCCGUGCCUGUGCGUCGCUCCUGGCUCAUGGUCAAAUGUGCUGUUCCCCAGUCUGACACCCACAGGAAACCCGGGAAGCUGGCAUCCUGGAGGGGUGGGAAAGCCCACGUGAACACCUCCCAGGAGCUUUCCUUCCUCCAGCCCUGCACCCAGCAGACGCUGGAAGUGCAUCUUUUAAAGUUCCGUGUGAGACACAGGUGGGGUCCAGACCUCCAAUCCCUGGAGCCCAUAAAUGUCCGGUCAGGUGAGGCUCAGGCCCCGCCCUUCCCACAAUCCACCUUUCCCCCCUGGGCCUCCUGGGAAUCUCGGGACAAGUCUGCAGCCAAGGUUCCCAUUUUCCCGGGAAAACGUCCUCAGAAUGGUCCAGGAGACAACAGAACAACAAGCAAGUCAGUCCUGACCGUGAGUGGUGCUCUCGCUUCCACACCACCUGAGCAGGAGAAAGCCCAGAGGCCCCUGAGAGGGUCCCAGUCAGCUGACACCCAGGGGCGAUCAGAGGCCUUUCCAACUCAACAUGAGAACAGGGGGUCUUCUCAGCCCCCCACAUGCAGCCUUGUGGGCAGAACCUGGCAGAGCAGGACUGUCCUGGCAUCCAGGAAACCCAAACCCAGACUAGCGGGGAGUAUGGGUUCAGAAAUGGCUGGGAACGAGGCAAGGUUUGAGAGUGAGAGCAUGUCCCCAGGAGACGUGUGUAGUAGCAGAGCCCUGCAAGAGCUCAGCAUAGGGUCCCAGUGGGCAAGGGCCAAAGACGCCCUGGAGGCACUGAAGGUGGGGGAGGAGAAGCCCCCCACUUGGGACGUCACCGUGGGAGCCAGUGUGAGGGCAAGUUCAGGAAGCGUUCAGGUGGAUCUGAGGAGCAUGGGGGCUCUGGGGACCACUGAUAACCCCUCAGGGUCUACAAUCUGUGUUGCUCAAGAUCCAGAGCAGCUGCGCCUGAAAUCGCAGGUGGUCAGUGAGAUUGCGCUCCUAGCGCAGGUGGAUUCAGAGGAGCAGCCGCCAGGCCGUGCCUCGGGCGUCCUCCUCCAGGAUGGCGCCAUAGAUCUGUGCCUUCCAGGCCACCAUGUGGACAUGCUCCCCGCCGCAGACAGGCUGCCCGCUCAGGCCCCUCUGUCCAUCUCCCAGAGUGUGUCCAGUAAGAACACGACGGCUUCGCAGGGGCCAUGGGCCCUCCUAUGGAAGGGAGGGGACAGCCCACGGCAGCGGGAGCCUGGGAGCCUGAAAGCAAAGGCCCCACAGAAGAGUCAGAAGACACUGGGCUCUGCGGACAAGGGCGAGGCCCGCAGGAGACCCAGACCAGGGGAGCAGGGACAUGGCUCCAAGGGACCAAGGACCUCUGAAGCCAGUGGGAGGAGCCACCCUCCCCACGCCAGGGAAAUAGGAGACAAACAAGAAAGGAAAUACAACCAGCCUCAGCCGGAGAAGGGAGAGACGGCACCAGAAAGCCACUUUCGGAGAAAGAUCGGUCACCAUCCACAGGGUCUACACCCCAGGAAAACAGGCGCAGGGUGGGAAGACGUCCUGGAGAAAGGCAAGCCUGGGGCAGAUGCUGUCCAGAGCUGGGGGUCUGGCCCAGCAAGGCUGUUUACAGACUGCAUGGUUGAUGAAGCCUGGACCAUCAGCAGAGGUGUGAGGCAAAUCCUGGUGGACAAACUGGGGCUUCGGUGGGGACGUGGUCCCUCAGAGGUCAGUCGCCACAAAGGUGACCUCCACGCUCAGGAGAAUGUGCCUUCCUGCAGCCACAGGGGUCACUGCCACCAGGAACAUAGCAGAGAGAUGAGAGCUCUGGCCUGCAGCCCCAAAGCCACCCCCAGGGGCCACCACUGUCCUGUCAAAAACAGGAACAUCAGAGACAGAGACAGCAGAUGGGCCCCACCUCCCCGGGAGUCUGUGUCCCCAGCUGGCCCCCACCACCACAGGCCACGCGUGGCAAGCGCCUCGAGUGGCCCCAUCCGCAGCCCGCAGGAACUGAGGUCUACACGAGAAUGGCUGGGCCUGGAGGAGGCUGGCAGGGACGUGGAGGACCCCCUCUUCUCCCUGUCCAGGGAGAAACCAGGUCUGGUUUCCAAGCUGGAUCAUGACCCAGAGUCUUCAGGACGUGGAAGGCAGGAGCAAAGGCAGGAGCUGGUUCCCCAGAGGGCUCUGUACAGGGGCCUUCUGCCCAGGGAGAGCUCUGCACCUGCAGGGGUUGUGGAGGCUGAGGACAAGGGGACAGGCCUGUACCCAGGCGUGGCAGGACCCAUGCUGGAGACCUGUUUGGAAAAGGCCCUGGUGUCACUUUGGGCGCCCAGGCUACUGCUGGAGCCAAGUCCUGUCUGGGGUGGUGACCUGGGCAGCUCCAGUGUGGGCCCAACAUCUAUGGGACCCUGGAUCCUGGGACCUGCAGCAGAGGAGCACAGAGACCCCCAUGUACACCCCACACUCAAAGAUUCCCACAUUCAUAGAGAUUCCAGAGAUUCCCCAUAG